AUGUCAAAUGGAAGUCUUCAUGAUUGGCUACAUGUUGUGGAAGAUAAGGGUAAGAUCUUGGAGUGGCAUUUAAGGGUAACAAUUACAGUUGGUAUUGCAAGAGGCUUGGCUUGGCUUCACCAUUGGUGUGGCUUCAAAAUAGUUCACCUUGACAUUAGCUCAAAAUGUAUCUUACUUGAUAAGAAUUUUAAGCCCAAGAUAUCAAAUUUUGGAAGGGCAAAAAGCAGCAGUUUUGCUAUCAAUGGUGAAUUUGGUGAUGUGGAACUGGUUAAGAAGGAUGUGUAUAGCUUUGGAAUUAUGCUUCUAGAGCUAAUUAUAGGUAAGAAGCCAAGACAAAUAACUAAUCUUCCUAAUUGUCUUGAUGGAACCUUGGUCCAAUGGAAUAAUCAUAUUUCAAAAACCUCCUUAUGUGGUAUGAAUGAUGUCAUUGAUAAAUCUUUGUUGGGGAAAGGAUAUGAGGGUGAAAUAUUUCAAUUCCUUACAAUUGCAUGUAGCUGUGUUCAGCCUCGUACCGAUCAAAGGCCUACGAUGCUUGAAGUGUGGGAGAAAGUGAGGGCUAUCAGAGAGAGAUAUGGCCUCACUGACAAAGAUGAUUAUCAGUUACUAAGGCAGCCUCAAAUUGGCACGUCUGGCACUAAAGAGGACCUCGAAAUCAUUGAGGUUGAGACCCACUGA